UCUUAACUCUUCCCCCGACUUCCUGCUCUUGUUUAUUAGUUCCGAGCUCUCCUCGCUGCAGUCUUUAACGCACGUUGGCACGAUGACUGGUUCGGACGGUAAAAAGGGCCCUAUCUCUAGUGCGGCAGACUGGGUCCGCGCAGCCUGUCGGUUCGCCACAGACAGAACCGACUUCAGGAGGAAUCUUCUGGUCAACGUGGGUCUGUUUGCAGCCGGUGUCUGGGUUGCAAGAAACCUCUCCGAUUUUGACCUGAUGUCUUCGCAGCCGGUGACAUAACAACCAAAAUAAUAGCACCGCCAAAACCAGGAUGAUGGUGUCUUGGACCAACAAAGAAUAAACAAGGGACGAGAAUAAAAGACCAUUAAACCUAAAUGAGGAGUUACACGAUGAAAACAAAUAAUCUUGUUCACCUGAAUUUGCUUCACUUUUUUUUAUUUAAUUGUAGUUUUUUUA